UCAGUACUGAGUUGGCUUCACACUGGAGACAGUUGGAGACAUUUGGAGACAUUUGGAGACAUUUGGACACAGUGAGACAGUUUCUCUGUUGCAUCAGGACAUUUAACACCGCGGGGACUGUCUCACACACUCUCAGAUGAUGGCGUGACCUUGGAGCUGCAGAGUCGUAGCUGCCUCAGCUGUCAGCGAUGGACGACCUGUGGUGUGUGGCUGUGGGGGUGUUCCAGGUGUGGAUGUUUGUGGUGGUGUUCCUCAUCAUGCUGCCCGCCAUGUUCGGCCUCUCUCUGGGGGUCACCGGCGUCUACAUCCAGAUCCUGGUCCAGAUCCUGGAGUGGGCCACGGUGCGGAUCCAGAGGGGACGCCAGGAGCAGCCCAAUGUGCCCGUGCCUCUGCCCAAUGGGAUCAUUGAGCGAGCGGGGGGGUCGAUGGAGGAGGAGGUGGGGCAGCUGCGGAGCUCUGGCUCGCUGGCGGAGGGAGAGUUCUCUCUGAGCGACGCCUUCUACUUCUACAAGAAAGGUGUGGAGAGCAUCGUGGACGACCAGGUGACCCAGCGCUUCUCCUCCGAGGAGCUGGCCUCCUGGAACCUCCUCACCAGAACCAACCAGAACUUCCGCUACAUCAGCCUCCGCCUUACCAUCAUCUGGGGGAUCGGCGUCUUCGUACGCUACUGCAUCCUCUUCCCUCUCAGGUUAACGCUGGCUCUCAUCGGCCUCUCCUGGCUCGUCAUCGGGACCGUUCUGGUUGGAUUUCUGCCUGAGAGCAGUGUGAAGAACUGGCUGAGCGAGCUCGUCCAUCUGACCUGUUACAGGAUCUGUGCCAGAGGACUGUCCGCCACCAUCCAAUACCACAACAAAGAAAACAGACCUCAGAAAGGAGGAAUCUGUGUCGCCAAUCACACCUCGCCUAUCGACGUGGUGAUUCUGGCCAACGACGGCUGCUACGCCAUGGUGGGUCAGAUCCACGGCGGUCUGAUGGGGGUCAUUCAGAGGUCAAUGGUGAAGUCGUGUCCUCAUGUCUGGUUCGAGAGGUCAGAGAUGAAAGACCGCCACACCGUGACCAACAGGCUCAGAGCUCACGUUGCAGCCAAAACCAAACUUCCCAUUCUGAUAUUUCCUGAAGGAACCUGCAUCAACAACACUUCAGUCAUGAUGUUUAAGAAAGGAAGCUUUGAGAUCGGAGGGACAAUAUACCCCGUCACCAUCAAGUACGACCCUCGCUUCGGUGACGCUUUCUGGAACAGCGGGAAAUACAACAUGGUGAGUUACCUGCUGAGGAUGAUGACCAGCUGGGCCAUCGUUGUCAACGUGUGGUACCUCCCUCCCAUGACCAUACAGGAUGGUGAGGACGCAGCUCAGUUCGCCAAUAGAGUGAAAUCUGCCAUCGCUGAUAAAGGAGGACUGCUGGACCUCGCAUGGGACGGAGGACUGAAGAGAGGCAAAGUGAAGGACUCGUAUAAAGAGGAGCAGCAGAAGAUGUACAGCAGCAUCAUAGUUGGACAGAGCGGCGACACUGGAUCGUCCUCUGAUCAGCUGUCUCUGACAUCAUCUUCAUCAUUAUCAUCAUCAUCAUCAUUGUUACCUGGCGACAUGUGAAGGGGAUGAACAGCUGUUUAUUCUCUUCAUCAUUUUAACUCGUCUUAUUUUAUAUGAUGUUUAUUAUGUCUAAAGUCUUAAAGCCUCACAUCAACUCUGCGUCCUGUGUGUGUGUGUGUGUGUGUGUGUGUGUGUGUGUGUGUGUGUGGACAGGAGUGUUUCCACCAGCAGGGGGCGCUGUAUGACAACACAAUAAUCCUUCCUGCAGACUGGAAACCACAGUUCUAUCCAAACCACUUCUUCUCUGCCUGUCGUGUAAAACAUGGACACGUAGCAGCUGAAAUAUAAUUUGUGUUUUAUUAUGGAUGCGUCACAAACUGUGUCAGCUUUUUUAUAAAGCAGAUGUUUGUUGCUGCUCUGAGUGGAUCUCUGCAGACUGAAACUAAUGUUGGUGAUCGAGUCUUGUAAAACUGUGUCUGUAUAAACGUGUAUCCAUCUCACCUCUGAUUAUUGGACAUCUUCUUUUUUAUCUUUAAUAUAAUGUAUCAACAAACACAAAGACAGUUUACAGAGUUACAGUGAGGAGAUUAAAUGUGUCUGUUGCUGUGUGGAAUAAGUUUGUAUUAAUAAGUGAAGACAAAGAUAUAAAAAUCUGAAAGUACAUGAGAAUAAAAACAUGAAUAAAAAGAUAAUUAAGAUGGAUGUAAUAACUGGAGGAGACAAUGAGCUGACCUUUAGAUCAACCAUAAUCAGUCACAUCAUGUUUUACAUGUGUUUGACUGUCAGAGCAGACAAACUUAAUAUUUAAUGUUCUCAUUUUAAAUUUAGCCAACAACUGAUAUCAGCUCCCACAGUGAUUUACAUUCAGUGCUGCUGUUUAACACAAAUUAAUAAACAAAACAUGAUAAAUUAUUGUUUAUAAAUUAAAAAAAAAGACUUCAAAGAUUUGACCGACAGAAGAAACACUCUUAAAAUGUCAUCAGUUCAAUAAAACAAAUAAAAAUCAGACAUUAUGAGUCAUUAAAAUGUCCUAAAUCUAAAUUUGUGACGUCUUAAUUCCUACAAAAAUCUUUAAUUUAUUUUUGUCAAAAUGAGUCGAGCUCGUCUGUGAAAGUUCCUGAUGUUACAAAUAUUAAAUCCUCCCACUGAACCUAAAA